GUAUCAUCCUAUAUAAAACGUAAUUUCCACCGAAAUCGACAAGUUGUAACGUGACGAAUGUACAACAAUGUUGACGAAGUGUUUGCUGGCAACGGUCCUCGUGUUCCAAGUGUGCAGUGCUGUGCCCUACGGCCUGACACCGCGCAUCACUGAUGGCGUUGACGCGGAACCCGGAGAAUUCCCUUACCAAGUUUCCGUUCAAUGGGGCAUCCCACCCAUAACCCAAUACAGCCAUGCUUGCGGUGGUUCCAUCCUCAACGAGAGAUACAUCUUGACCGCUGGUCACUGCGUCAUGAAAAUUGGAAAACUGAGGGUUGUCGCUGGCAAAUACUACCUCGCCAAAGAUGAAAACUCCAACCAGGUUAUCAUGGUUUCCAAUACCAUCGUUCACAGUGGAUACAAAGGAGGUGUUGCGCAACACGAUAUCGCCCUUUUGCAUCUGCAGUCACCCCUGAAAUUCAACAAAUUGAUUGCACCCAUCAAACUGCCAACCCAAGGUCAAAAACAGUCUGGACAGGCUGUUCUCUCCGGAUGGGGAUCCACCUCUAAAAAGCUUGUCCCCAAUUUACCAAGUGUCCUCCAAAAGGCUAUUGUGCCAAUCCUCGACAACGAGGAAUGCUUGAAAGAACUCACCUCUCAGCCCGUCGUCGGUCAACAACCUGAACUCUUCGACACCCAGGUUUGCAGCGGUCUCGCUGGCAAGGAAGUGUCUGCUUGCUCUGGUGAUUCUGGUGGCCCACUCGCUCAACUUGUUGGCAACUCCGCCGUACAAGUUGGUAUCGUAUCAUGGGGUAUGAUGCCAUGCGGAUCUAGCCACAUGCCUUCCGUCUACACCCGUGUUGCCUCCUACGUCGGCUGGAUCCACCAGCACAUGAAAUAAAUUUUUAUAGAACCUUUUCUUGCAAAACAAUAGCAAACUUGCUUAUUCAUUUUCUGAACUAUUCAAAAUACUUGAAUUGUACCAUAAUCAGAUUACGCAGUUCAUGCAUACAAAUUACAGACAAUAAAAUGAGAAAUUAAAAUCUGGCAAUCAUUUUAAAUUGUUGUAUAUUAUAUGCUACGUUCCAAAUAUAUGAUUUGAGAAGAUUAUCGAUAAGCGUGAUUGAGCCACUGCAAAUUCCUUUGUAAAUUAGAAGGGAUUUUGAAACGACUGAUAAGGCAAGAUGAAUUGUCUGUGUAGAUGUCGAAAUCACGCAGAUACUCUCAGUCGAAUCAAUCAAUCAA